AUAUAUAUUUUUAUAAGUAUUUUCACCUCUUCUUUCUUCUUUUCUCCCUCUACAAACCAGAAAAAUAACAAUGGGCUCGGAUCCGGUGCCGGUAACGGAUCCGACGACUCAGCUGAGUUUACCGCCUGGAUUCCGGUUUUACCCUACCGACGAAGAGCUCAUGGUGCAGUACCUUUGCCGGAAAGUCGCUGGAAAUGAUUUCCCUCUUCAGAUUAUCGGAGAUGUUGAUCUGUAUAAGUUUGAUCCAUGGGAAUUACCAAGUAAGGCGAUGUUUGGGGAGAAAGAAUGGUACUUUUUUAGCCCGAGGGAUCGCAAGUACCCAAAUGGGUCUCGACCCAAUAGAGUUGCCGGGUCGGGUUACUGGAAGGCCACCGGAACUGAUAAAGUGAUCAUAUCGGAGGGAAGGAAGGUCGGAAUUAAGAAGGCGUUGGUUUUCUACAUUGGUAAAGCUCCGAAAGGUUCCAAAACUAACUGGAUCAUGCAUGAAUACAGGCUUUCAGAUCCUCCGAAGAAGACGAAUAGCUUAAGGUUGGAUGAUUGGGUGCUUUGUCGAAUCUACAAGAAGAAUUCAAGCGUACACAAAACAAUUUCCGGUGGACAGAGCCACAAUUCCUCUUCGUCAUCUUCAUCUCAGUUUGAUGAUGUUCUUGAUUCACUUCCAGCGAUUGACGACAAGUUCAUGACAUUUAACGAAGAAGAUCAGAAGAUCGACAUUCACAAAUUCGACUCUGGGAAUUACGAUUGGGCAAACAUCAAUGCAUUUGGAUUACAGGAUCCAGUUACAAACACUUAUCCAUUAAAUACAACCUCCAUAGAUAUGACAUUCAACAUGCACAUGAAGUUUGUUAAAUCAUCGGACGAUGAAUUUCAUACUGAAAUCAGAAGUCAAAGAAUGGAGAACUCCGGGUAUCUAUUUUCACAGAGCUUCAUGAACACUACAGACCCGUUUGCUAUCCGGUACCCGACCCAACCAAGCAGCUCGGGUUAUAGACAUUGAAAUGGAAAUGAAUAAGUAGAAGGGGGUGAGUGUAAAUAGGUGGUUUCUUGGGGGGUGGGAAGUAGAUUUUUAGUAGUUUAGUAGGAAAAUAGAGUUGGGUUUAAGUUAGGUGCACCAUGGACCCAAAAGCCAAAGAUGGAUGUAAACUUAGUCAAAGGGUUUUGGGUUAAGAUGCGUGGUUCAAUGUAGAUAUUAGAGAAAACAAUCUUUUGUUUCUUGAAUUUUCGGUUAACUUUCUACUUAUGGAAAUUUUCAAUUUUGGUGGUUGA